ACCACCUCAAGGAUGGCUCGGUGCCAGAUCCAAUCAGUCCGUCAAAGCCCUGAAAUGGUUAGCCUGGCAAGAACACCUGUUACAACAUACCGACCAAGGCGAUUGUAUCCAUACCGUACGAAACGGAGGCGAAGUCCGCCUAGCCAAUCACCUCGUCGACGGUUACGAUCCCACUACUAGAACCGUCUACGAAUUCCACGGAUGUCUAUGGCACGGGUGUCCUCGAUGUUUCCCAAUCAACCGAGAGAGAUAUCCCAUCUAUCACACUGAUCGCACUCUACAGGAAGUCUACGAGUCCACGCUCAAGAAACAUGCCCUUCUCAGGCAAUGCGGCUACCAGCUACACGUCAAGUGGGAAUGCAAGUGGGACCUGGAGGUCAAAACCGACCCAGAGCUCCGCCAGUUCCUAGACGCGUUCCAAAUCGUCAAACUGCUCGAGCCCCAAGAAGCCUUCUUCGGAGGUUGUACGAACGCCGUCAAACUGCAUCACGUGACCAACGUGACCCAAGGAGAAAAAACCAAGUACGUCGACGUGACGUCGCUCUACCCAUGGGUCAACAAGGAUUCCGAAUACCCCGUAGGACAGCCACAAGUCAUGGUCAACCCCGAAGAUAAAGACAUACACCACUACUUCGGAAUGGCCAAAGUGGACAUACUACCUCCUCACUAA